CUCCAUGCAUCCUCUUCUACAUCCCUCCUUCAGAUUAGUGGACUCCAACACACUAUUGUGCACCAGUCAUGCCCCAGGAGAAACAGUUGUCCAGGUACAAUGGAAAGAGAGACACACUAAUGGGACAUACAGUCUCAUCGGGGUGCAGAAUCCAAACCUGGGAACCCACGUUCUGCCUCCAUACAAGGAUAUGGUCAAACUAAACUCGAACAAUCUGAGCUUCACGUUGGAGAUUCACGAGGAGAAGGUGGUUUGCUGUGAAAUGAUAACGUACCCGCAAGGAAUGGUCCAGGAGACCUGCCUGACCACGGAUGAAGAUAAAGACACUCAACCUUUUCACCUGGAGCUUCUGGUGACCCUGGUGUUGGGCGGAAUCUUCGUCCUGGGAUCCUUUAUCAUAUUAUGCCACAUCUUCUGGACUCGGAACGGCGAAGCAUUCAAGUCGAGAGGCGGUGGAAUCCUCCAGGAGUGGAGGAGUAGGGAGACACCGUUGCCGUAUGAUGGGACCAGGAAUCUUGGAUAUAAUCAUUUGUCAUUGGCAAACCGUCCUAGCCAUGAGACUCUUCCACAUAGAAACAUCAGGCACCACAGACAGCCAUCUCAGAGGAACCAGCUCGUACCUGAAGUCCCCCCUAGAAGGUGCCAACGACAUGAUGUUCUGUCUUCAAACAACCAGCGGCCUUCUGAGAACCCUCCAGCUCUACCUGACCUUCCACAUGCCACAAUUCUUUUUGAGGAGACCUUUGGGACAUUUGUAGCUGCAUCCGUUUCAGAGACCAUCUACAGCAAGCACCAGCGCAAAAAAACACAGGUGGUCGAGCCUUCAUGGGGCAUAGAGGGGAGCACCUCCUCAUUUGAUAUAAAUGCAAGACCAUCAUGGCCCUCUGCCACAUCCCGUCCUGAAGAAGUUGCUCCACUACAGAAAAGCAUUUCUUCUCCACUAUCUACAAUUAACCCUAUGUAUCACAGCAGGAUACAGUGGAUGCCCCACCCCACGGGGAGCUUAAGACUAUAAACAAUGUAUAUAGCUAAUGCGAGAGCUGCUUUUUUUAUGCGUAUGUGGUCUUGGUCUAUCCUCUGGGUUGGAGAUGUCUUCGUAUAACAAAUGAGCUUCCCUUCCGGGAUCACACUGCUCUCCAGUAUAUGUGGUAUUACAUAUAAUCUGUGUCUCUAAAUUAGACAGUUUUCUCACUUUAAUACA